GAGAGUAGCGUAGGCCUACAGAGCAAACAGCAGAAGGAUAAGAAGAGCAGGAGAGAUGAACACAGAGGAAGUACCGGUUGCUCCCCCGCUCCGUGGAGUUACACCUGUUUUACAGUGGAAGGUGAAUAAAUACUCCUUUGGAACACGUCAAGCGAGGAAACUCUUUCCUCACUACCAUCCCCCAACCUGGCUGGGGAACACUUAUCUCCCUCUUAGGGGACUGCCCCACACAGGCCCUGGGUGUUAUGCAGCAACAGAUUGGAAUGGUUUAGCAUAUAACCUAUCAAAAGUCCCAACCAGUACAAAAGGCUAUGCUAUUGGAGCCAGGACAACUGUGAGGUUUAAGCCAAUCAACAAGGAUGUGACACCAUACCCGGGAAUGUAUCAGAAAAUUGAUAUUUCAAGUGAAAAACACAAAAAAUGCUUUGCUCCUUUUAACAUCUUGAUGCCUCGAUUUAAGAGCGAUGUAAAGGGCGAUUCUUACCCUGGCCCUGGCACAUACAAUCCUAAGAACAAUUCAGUCCCAAAAGUUAGUUGGCCAAUGAAAUUUGGAUCUCCAGACUGGUCUCAGGUCCCAUGUCUAGAGAAAAGGACUCUAAAAGCUGAGCUGUCCACAGACAAGGACUUUAGAAAGCAUCGGAACCGUGUGGCCUACUUUAGCCUGUAUUACAAAUGAGAAGUAGGCACUGUCUUCAUGUGUUCUUGACCACAGAGUCUCCAGAAUUGAGGACAUAACUGCUCUUGUAUUUCUGUGUUCCUGGGCCCUCUUGUCUGCCUAUUUGGUGUCCAGGAAGGGACAAGGGUCUCAUAGUCACGUCGCCCUCCAAAUAAAUAAAGGCUGGUCCAGAAUGUUU